AUGUCGGAGACUGCUUUCCAGAGGGAUGUUGUGGUGGUGGGUAAACCACCUCGCAGCCCUGUGCUCUCAAGACGAUCCUGCCACUCUCCCUCCCGAGGACAUACUCCGUCCCCUGCCCCCAGGAACGAACCGACUGCCCCUAAGCCUAAGCUGCCCAGUGCCCCCGAGCCUAAACUGCCCAGCACCCCCAAGUCUCAGCUGCCCAGCAUCCCCGAGUCUCAGCUGCCCAGUGUUCCCAAGUCUCAGCUUUCCAAUGCCUCAGCUGCCCAGUACCCCAGAGCCUCAGCUGCCCAGCGUCCCAGAGCCUCAGCUCCCCAGCAGCCCAGAACCUCAGCUGCCCACCUGCUCCCCAAACAGCUGCCCCGCCGCAUCCGAAAUCUGGUCCCCAAGCAGCCGUCCCACUGCCUCCGAAGCCUGGUCCCUGAGCAGCCGUCCCGCUGCCUCGGACGUCUGGUCCCCGAGCGACUGUCCCGCUGCCUCGGAAGUCUGGUCCCCGAGUGGCCGUCCCACUGCCUCUGA